AUGCGCGUCUUGUUCCUCUUAGCCCUCUUUGGUUGUGUGCUUUUGGCCACCGUUUCGGCCAAUCCUGUCGAUAUUGAUGAUGUUGUAGAUGAGGAGGAGAAUCUGAGGAUCGCUGAUGAAGAUGAUGACUCCGAUGAUACUCAGGAUGAGGAUGAAGAAGAACCAGAAUCUCAGGAUGAUGAUGAUGAGGGAGCCCAGAAUGAACAGGAGGAUGAUGAUUCUCAGAAUGAGAGCGAUGAGCCCCAAAAUGAAGAGUAG